AACACACAAAAACAUUAGUCUUCAUUUCAUAACAAUGGCUUCCAACAAACUUAGUGCACUCAUUAUAUUGUUUUCUCUCCUUGCUUAUUCAACAUUCUCUCAUCCAACACCUAAGCCUAGCCCUCCACCACCUUCACCUUGUCCUCCACCACCAUCAACAACACCUAAGGCUAGUCCUCCUCCAUAUUCAACAACACCUAAUGCUAGCCCUCCACCUAAGGCUAGUACCCCACCACCUUCAAAAACACCUAAGGCCAGUCCUCCACCACCAUCAACAACACCUAAUGCUAGCCCUCCACCUAAGGCUAGUACCCCACCACCUUCAACACCUAAUGCUAGCCCUCCACCACCAUCAAAAACACCUAAGGCUAGUCCUCCACCACCUUCAACAACACCUAAUGCUAGCCCUCCACCUAAGGCUAGUACCCCACCACCUUCAACACCUAAUGCUAGCCCUCCACCACCUUCAACAACACCAAAUGCUAGUCCUCCACCACCAUCAACAACACCUAAUGCUAGCUCUCCACCACCUUCAACAACACCAAAUGCUAGUCCUCCACCUCAGGCUAGUACCCCACCUCCUUCAACCACACAAAAAUGUCCUAGUGACACAUUAAAACUAGGUGUUUGUGCUAAUAUUUUAGGACUUGGUAAUGUUAUUGUUGGAAGUCCUGCUUCUAGCAAUUGUUGUGCUUUGAUUCAAGGUUUGGCUGAUUUGGAUGCAGCACUUUGUCUUUGUACCGCUAUUAAGGCUAAUGUUCUUGGUAUCAACUUGGAUGUUCCUGUCACACUAAGUCUCAUACUUAGUGCUUGUGAAAAAUCUGUUCCAUCUGGCUUCCAAUGUUCUUAGAGUUUCAUGUCAAAGGAUCAAGCCAUGCUAUUACGUACUUAUGUUAUGUCACUACUAUUUUCAUUGUUGUUUUUAUUGUAGUUAUGUUUAUAUGUGCUUGAUUUUUAUGAAAUCACGUGAUAUUAUGAUUUUGUUGAAACUACAGAGCGUAGCUUUUAUCAAAAUUGACAUGUCAUUGUGAUUAUGUUGAUUUUAUCGUCAACUACUUAAUUCAAACAUGCACGAUAUCAGUUCUUGUGUGAGAUGUGACAUUUUAAUAAAAGGGCAAUUAUGUUUGCCUUA